AUGUUCCCGCUGACUAUCAAGUUAGGGGUAAUCGAUUCUCUUCUCGAUUGUACACAAGAGACGAGGGGCAUGGAGGAGAGAGGUGGGAGAGAGGGGGGAGGAAGGGGGGAGGGGGAGGAGGAGGAAGAGGAGGAGAAGGAGGAAGCAACUGGCUGGUGCCAAUAUAGCGGAGCUCACUGCCGAGUCCCGCUUCCGCUAGGUCCAACCCUCAGAAUGAUUUAUGAUGUUACGCUGCGUCUGGGAUCUUGCACCCCGACAUCUCCGUCCCUUCAAGAACUCGUCCUCGAGCGUAUGAUAUGA